AAGUAAAGCCAAUUGCGCUCCCUCGCCACCAUGUUCUCCUCCCUCGCGCUCCGCACGCUGCGGACACUCAUUCAGCGCCCUUCCCUCACCGCAACCCCCUUCAGACAACCACCGGCCUCUUGCUCAAUUCCCCGGUUCCAGCCCGUAUUCCGCACCUCGGCGGCCCUGACAGCCACAACGGCAGCUAUCGCAAAGCUCUCAAUUAGACAGUUCUCUACGUCUCCACUGCGUCAGGCAACAUACAACCAAGUGCGUCGAGGAUGUCGGACCUCGCAGCGUGCGCGCCGUUCACGUUCUCCGGCGCUUAUUGGCCGCGCCCAGAUGAAGGGUGUUUGUUUGAAGACUGGUAUUACAAAACCCAAGAAGCCUAAUUCCGGCGAGCGAAAGACGGCUAGGGUGCGAUUGAGCAGUGGGAGGAUUGUGACUGCUUAUAUUCCCGGUGAAGGUCACAAUGUCCAGCAACACAGCGUUGUUCUUGUCCGCGGUGGCAGAGCUCCGGAUUGUCCUGGUGUGAAGUACCAUUUGGUUCGUGGUGCUAUGGAUCUGGGUGGCGUUGCCAGUCGGUUGACUAGCAGGUCCAAGUACGGUACUAAGAAACCUAAGAGUGAUUAAGCCUUUCUUUCCUCUUGGGUCUGUGUGAUUGGCAUGGUGGUGAUCUGGCAAUGAGGGACUUUUUACGGACGUGUGUUUUCUUUUUGGCGCUGUUUGCGAUCUGUAUCAAUAUUACUCCCAUCGGAUGAUUGUACUAAAUAAAUAUUUCUUGUCGAAUCUCUUUUUUUCUUUCGUUUCUUGGGCACGGUUUGGAAUAACCUAGCUCCCUCAGAUCAUACAUAUACAUAUGUACAAAUAUAGGUAUCUAUAAAACGCAGGUGUGAAUUCAGACCGAACACCCUUUUGAUGCAGAGAUAACGCCGGAGUCUCGACACC